AUGGUUGAGGUAUCCAUCUUGAAUCGCCCCCGGGCCACGGUUCCAAAGUUUGUCCGCCGGAUACGAUCGGUGCCGUCGUUGAGACCUGAACAAGCUUCAUCGGAUGAGUCGAUCCCAGACGAUUCGAUAUAUAAUGCUGAACCUGUUCGUUCAGGUGAAAGUCUACCUUGGACAGCAGAAAUAGUUCCGGAUAAUGCGCCGAAUCUUCCUUCAGCCUGGAGCCUUCCUUCCUCUUCUCGGAGUCCUCUCAGUAGGCAUUCCACAUCGCACAGCAAAUGGCCAGCGCCGCAGCUUAAUCCUAUAAUUGAACACAGAGCGUCCCUCAAUUCGAUCCAUCCUGACAGGUCCAACUCAGCUCGCGAAAGCGUGCAGUCUUCAGUCGGGAUAUACCGUCAUCGCUCGUUUUCAGUCAACGAUCUAGACUCCGUCCUGAGGCAGGACAUCAUAUUACGCAAUUCUACCAGUUCCACCUGCUCUGAAGAGAACCUCCAUAGAGGCGACUGGUGUCCCUCUUUUCCAAUCAACCCUUCAAAAUCACCACCAGUCAGGGUUUCAACACCGCCUGGCUUGCCGCCAUUCGGCACCGAGCAGGCGACACUCCUCCGGCUGGUACAGCGGCAGCCAACAAACAGACUGUCAUUCUGGAGCCGCAUUUGGAGGCGUACGUUUGACGGAAGCGAUGAGCUAGCUACAGCUAGCCCUAACUCCGAGGGUUCCCCUAGGGCGUCUGAGCAGAACCAAUCUAUUGGUCCCUCAAAUUCAGUCGAGCUCUUUGAGCGAACAUUGGCUGCGAUAGGCAUGUCGGCGAUUGUCGAAACCCCACGCGCAACCUCUACAAACCCUCGGGCAUCUCUACCUCGUGGAGUCUACAGGGCCAAUAUCCCUGGCCCACUUGCUCGAGCAGAUGACGGUACAUUAGUGAGAGGGAGGUUUGGCCCUCGUGCCAGCGGUCAUGGUAUCGGUUCCCGUAAUCUUGAGUUGCACCCCAUGGGUCGAUUGAGAGAGUCCAGCGCGAUUGAGCAGGCCAUGAGGGAAAUAGACAAGGCCUGUGAGACGACAAACCUUGAAAAUUCCAUCCUCCAGAGCGGCGGCUCUGCAGUAUCACCAACGGUGCGAAGGAAUGGUCGGACCAGCAAUGAAACGUUGACUUCGCCAGCUCAGCUCCAUCCAAGAAGUGAGACGGAAUUUUCUCCUGCCUUCACUUCCCCGAUCCUGAGAGGCAUUCCCACAUACCACCCACGAAUGCCUCGCACUGCUGCACUCAUCGAAUCCACCUUGCUUUCUCUGCCCAGCGGGGACAGUGCCACGGGCGGUGCGCCGAGUGCAAGUGGUGCUACAGGGCACGACAGGGAAUGGACAAAUGGGAAGAGAAGAAAGCAAGGGAAUGCGUGGAGGCGUAUGUGGGGUGCGGUCAAAGACUGCUUGACUCGCAUUUUGGCGGGCGCUUUGUGUGGAUUGAUAGGGGGGAAUAGGCACCUGUCAGGCAGGGCAUCAAGGGCGUAG